AUUCUUAUUGACUUGCAAGUUAAUCUUUAUUUUUCAGUGGAAAGCGGCACCUCGUGGUCAUACGAUCGCGGAAUAGCAGGCGCAAAAGGUUUAUAAUCUUACCUAAAAAAAGAGGUUUAAUUUAAUAUACACAUAAAAUUCUUUAUAACACUUAACCUAAAUGAGAGUUAUACGGAUACGCCCUUUUCCAAAUUAGCACCCAACCCUUCGGCGAAACUGACAAAUAAGCCCUUCCCCCAGCCCCUUGAGAAGACACUCCAUUCCCACUUCACUUUCUUAAGGUUAAAUAAUGUAUUAAAAGGAAGGCUUCUUCUUUCCGCACUUUAGUUACUUUUAGCUUUGACCUGGCCUGCGAAGCGUAGACGUAUUUCAGGUCGUCGCUUCUCUCCCUCCGAAAAAUAAUUAUUAUUUUUCGGAGGGAGAGAAACGACGACCGGAAAUACGUCUGCGCUUCGCAGGCUAGCUUUGACAAUACCCUGCAAAAAUAUAUCAAAGUCACGUCCACUUUACUUAAUUGUGUUUUAAGAGUUUUUUCAUGACGAUGCGUAGCUCUUAUACCUAAUAAGCUAUUAGAUAACUAAAUAAGGUUCGGUUGGUUCCGUUCGUCUUCGAAAAAGCACCUCCCCUUUGGGAAGAAUAUUCAAUGACAAGGUCGACCAUUUUGAAACGAUCUCCAAAUCUUCAGCCUCAACCUCACUAAAUUAAAGUCAUGCACAUGCAAAAGUGACAGAAAAGGUUGUAAAAAUCAUGUUGUUAGUGUGGCUAAGCUUAGCGACGUUCCCUUAACGUUCAGGGACUAUCAUUUCGAAUCAUUUUUGUCAUAGACAUGUGCGCUUUUAAGAGCCCGGUUACUUACAAACCUGGCGUAGACAGGUUGAGAGAGAAAAAAGGAGGAACAUGUCAACCAACACUUUUGACUACGAUUGUAGCUAUAAAUAUGACAAGCUUUAAUCCUGAAUUUUAUUUUGUCCAGGUCCAGACGAAUGGGAAACUUUGAAUGGCAACUGGUCUUGCAAUGGGCGCAAGCAAUCUCCAAUUAACAUCGUCACCGACGAGGUCAUGCAGAAAGAUCCGACAAAUCCGCCAAAUCUGCGCCUCACUGUGGCAGGCGGUAGACCAAUCACCGGUGAGCUUAGAAACAAUGGGUACGCGCCAACGUUUUACGUCGGAGAAGAACUGACGGUCAAACUGGCCGGCGGUCUUCUUCAAGAAAACUACUUCCUCAAGCAAUUCCAUUUCCACUUUGGUUGCAACGAUUCGGUUGGGUCCGAACACACUAUUGAUGGUAACAACUAUCCGCUCGAGGUAAAUAUCAAAAUUUGAAGUGUUUGCUUUAAUUAAAAUUGGAAUCACGUUAGUAUUUAUGAACAAUUGGGAGCUUACUUUUAAGCUCCUGGCCUAGACACACGGUUGAUUGAUUACAUGGAAUCCAAACGCCGUAUUAGCUAUAUCAUAAUCAGUUGUUCUUUUACCUGUGUUAAUGAGUCUUUAUCAGACGUUUUGGGAAAGGAUUUGAAUCGGAUCGAAGACGAUUUACCUUUUUGCCAGUUUCAAAGUUAUUUUCUUUUCUUUUUUAUUUUAAAUCUUGUAUGACCCGUCGUUAGUAGGAUGCCACAGUUACGCCUCAAGUUUCCAUUGGUGCGAACCAUUAACUCGAUCUUCUAGGGAAAGAAGAUGGGCGUAUUCCCAGGCCUUCUCAGUCAAUUCACAUAGGGGUAUCCGAGGCGACAAGGCGGGAAACUUCUUCGCUCGGACCACGUGACCCGAAACGCAUUGAUCGCGCGGAAUAGUGAGGCUAGGAACUAGGCAAGAGAAGAGUUAGCUCUACCAUACUGUCUAAAAAGGCUUAUCUUAAUGUUAGUGUAAAGCUAACUAAAGUCACAAACAAAAGUGGUAAAAACGGUUGUGAAAACCAUUCAAUUUUUCCUUUCUUUUUCCUUUCUUUCUUUCCAGUUACACAUGGUCUUUUGGGAUAACACAAACUACGCAACUUUUGAACUGGCCGCUGAAGGAGAGGAUGGGCUGGCUGUGGUAUCUGUCAUGUACGAGGUGAGACAUUGGUUUACCUGUUAAGAGUGUUAUAACCAGGAAUUAACGCAAAAAUAGGGUCAUUCGGUUAAAAUAACCGGAAAUGAGCAGUCGAAUUAAUUAAAGUGAAAAAGUCUGGAUUAACUAAUCGCGGGAGUUUAUAUUUCAUUCGACAACGUUUAACGUUUAAGCUAAUGGAGGGCUGACUCAGAUUCAGUCAGGUUAUGUUGACCGAGAACUGAGUCUCAAGCAAAGAGCUGGAACGUUAAAAAUGACAAGACUGCAGGAAAAUCGGCAUAAAGAUCCUUAUGGUGAAGAGAAAAAAAAAACGAAAUUAAAUAGACCAAAUUUUUAGACCAAGGUAUUUGAGAUUUCCUUUCACCUAAGGUAUUGGGCUCUUCUCUCUUGUGCUUGCCGGCCUUCGGGGCGCUUAAAAUUAAUCGCGACCCGCACUGAGACCACUGAAUUAAACCUGACUCUUAGGGACCGAAGCGUUAAGAGUUUUAGCCUGCUAAUUUGAACUUUGUAUUUCUUUGUCUGUUUGAUUAAUUGUUUCACAGCUGCCAAUGGCAAAUACUAGCACAUCUAAUCCAAACAAUGCACUAGAAAAGAUUUCUAAACUCCUCAACAACGUUGUUGAUCAAGGUUAGUGAUAAACAUUCUUAUAGUCGCUCUCCUUACAUAAUAAUCUUUUUUUGUAACGGAACUUUUUUGUAAGAACGUUGACACGAAGGACUGGAAAAACUAGGGGACAUAAUUCUUAAUCAUGACGUUCCUCUCCCCUUAUAAGGCUUUUCAAACAAUAGGGGAGGGGAGCAGGAAGCCGUUUUCCGUGAAACGUAGUGCUUAACCUAAUUUCUACUUUACAAUGCCCCUACUUUCAUAUGGAAGCAAACCCCCCUGACAGUACAAUAAACAAACAAAACAACAACAAGCUUUAUUUACAUUUCACUUUAGCAUAAUUAUAGUUACAGAAGGUAGUUUUAGUUUAACGGUCAGAUACAUGCAAUAUAAUAUUUGUGAAACUAACAAUACAUUACCGGUAAGGAAAUACCUAGCAUCUAAAUAAACCGUUAAACUCUAGCUAUAUAUGGCAGUAAUUAGAUAGCCUGCGUAGCAGGCGCUUGGAAGUAGAAGGCACAAGAAAAAAUUGGCGCGCGAGAAGGAGACACGCGAGGAGAGACACCCCUCGCGUGUCUCCCUCGCGCGCGCCCUUUCUCUCGGCCCACUACUUCCAAGCGCCUGCUACGCAGGCUAGUAAUUAGAAUACCGCUUAUCUUGAAAACAGACAGCAAUUACGUGGUCACUCAGAGUGCUGCGAUACAUAUAGAGGAUUUGGCACCUCUUCUUGUUUCCCCGGAUGUCGCUGACAGGUUUUUCAAAUACAAGGGUUCUCUUACAACUCCCGGAUGUUACGAAUCUGUCACAUGGUUUGUCAUGAAUAAUCAUCCACAAAUAUCGGAGUUAGAGGUAAGAGUAACCAGGCAACAGAGUGAGUAGUUUUAUGGCGAGAUGAUUAAUGGCUAAAUUAAUAUAGGCUGGGACUUAUUCCAGGAGUAAAAGGGCAAACAAUAAAAAAGGUUUGCAUUAUUUCAGGACUUUGCUACUCGACUCCAAAUUGAGCUGGGGGAAAUGGAAUUGCUGAAAAGAGUCUGCGUAGGGUUUCGCGCUCGACUACUUUAAACCUUUUUUUAAUCUUUUUGGCAAAUUUUAAAAUCAAAAUCUACUGAAUAGUAGCACAAUUCCUAACUCUCAAACCGGUCAAUUUUGCUUCGUUAAUGAAUAGUUUUAUCAUUGAUCAUUUUAAAAAUCAUUGAUACCUUGAUCUUAAAUGCAAACCCGGCAAACAAAAAAAACAGCUUUCCGGCUCCGAAAAGUGACCGGGACGUUCGAGAAGCGGUCCCCAGGCCCGUUCGUACUAGAGUACUGCGCACUCGUACUCGAUAUAAGUACUUCCUCACGGCGCAUUUGAAUGAUGAUCUGUCAGGCCGCAACGAAUUCAAAAACUUUCACUCUCAACUACAUGUAUAUCUCAGGGGCUCUCGUACGCUUGCAAUAGGAGCUCACGAAAAAAUACUCGUUUGCAACUUUGUAACUAAGGCAAACUCCUUGAGGAGUCUGAUACUAACCACAAUCGCCGGCAUUUGUUGCCACCUUACUACUGGGGAAGCAACGUUAUUAUAACCUGGGCCUUCAGCCUUCAUCGAGAACCGAAAUCGUUCCAACUCUUCAUUCUCGCAAUAUUUAAUUAGUUUUGAGUCAGUAUUUAUUUCAGAUCUUUAGGAUAUUUCCUUACAUGUGAUUCACUCAAUACAGCUUUUCCACGGCUAAACGGGCUGCGAUGUCGAUCUGUCUCAUUUUUUCUAGUCUCUUUCCUUAUGUUUGGCUAAAUCACCCCCGCUGUACAAGCUAUGCUGAAAAGGGUAUAUUUCGUGGUUGUAUAGAACUCCCUGACCAGGUAUUUCAUAUAUCAAACAAGAGAAGGAUUGUUGCAUUCAAUAUUCAGACCCAGAAAAUUUGGAUAUGAAAAAAGAAUUAACACUAUUCGAUGUACGUACAGUUCAAGUGUUUUAUAAAUAGGCUUUCAAGUAUCUAUGCCUUAUUUCUGGAGAAAUUCUAAGGGCUUGUUUAAACGCUCACAAUAUAUAAGGCGAUAAGUACUGUAAAGUUCCGAAAGUACUCGAAAGUAGCGAACUUCCGAAAGUAGCGAUAAGCGAAGAGGAACACAAGUAACAAAAUGUUUGAAGAGUACAAACGACAUUUUUUUUUUCCAUAAAAUGUGUGACUAUAGAAAGUUUCACGUUGUGGUCGUGCAAAACAGCGGCAAAGAAAUGUUCAAAAAAGAGUGCUGCACGUGCAAAUUUUGUUGUUGUUGUUGCUAAUUAGACUAUUGGGUUUUUUUGCAGUCCUCGUUGCCGUCGCCGUUUAGCAUUGCUCGAUUUUAUUUUUUGUUUGAGUAAAUCAUUUAACGAGAGCCUCGCUUUUAGCCCUGGCUAAAUAUAUAUAUUAGUAUGAUCGACAGUAAACAAAAGCACCUUAACUCUGAUCAUGACUUGUCAGUCACUGUCAUUCCUAUUCAAAACUACAGCCGUCUUGAUGAUCAUAUUGCAUUUAUUCAUUAUGACAUGAAUCUCACUUUAAACCAUUCACUAAACCACAUUUUAUCGUUCCAUUCAUAUAAUUAACUUAUGGCCAUUGUCUUGUACAGAUUCAAGCAUUCCGAAAUUUGAAAAGCAACAAGGCGCAUGCUCAGGGCCUAAACAAAGGGCGCAUGUGCAAUAACUUUCGUAAUGUCAUGCCCCUCAAUGGACGUCAAAUCCAUAGCAACAUCGUGCUUUCAUAA